UGUUGGAUCCAUCUCCCUACUUAAACACUCUCACUAUUAUUCUUACUCAUUCUUACUCUCACUCUCACUCUCACACACAUGCACUCAAAUCUACUUUAUCUUCUUUAAAUUUUCUUCAAACCAAAACAAUAAUCCAUCCACUCACAAAAAUGUCUCCAUUUCCAUCUCUCAUCAUUCUCUUUUUCUUCACUACAACUCUCACACUUCCACCACCUUCAUUUUCAUCAUCACAAACCAAACAAACCUUCAUAAUCCAAAUCCAACACGAAUCCAAACCGUCCAUUUUCCCAUCUCACAAAAACUGGUACGAAUCCUCACUCUCAUCAAUAACAACUUCCCAAAACACAAUCAUCCACACAUACGACACCGUUUUCCACGGUUUCUCAGCUAAACUCACACAACAAGAAGCAACAAAUCUUCAAUCAUUAAGCCACGUCAUCACUAUAAUACCCGAACAAAUUCGAACUCUUCACACAACUCGUUCACCUCAAUUUCUCGGGUUAAAAACCGCCGACAGAACCGGGUUACUCCAUGAAACUGAUUUCGGGUCGGAUCUUGUUAUCGGAGUUAUUGAUACCGGAAUCUGGCCGGAGAGACAGAGUUUUAAUGACCGUGAGCUUGGUCCGAUUCCGUCGAAAUGGAAAGGACAAUGUAUCGCCGGAAAAGAUUUUCCGGCGACGUCGUGUAAUAGGAAGAUAAUCGGAGCGAAGUACUUUUCCGGCGGGUAUGAAGCUACUAACGGGAAGAUGAAUGAGACGAAUGAGUAUCGUUCAGCUAGAGAUUCCGAUGGACAUGGAACUCACACUGCUUCAAUCGCCGCCGGUAGGUAUGUUUCUCCGGCGUCUACUUUAGGUUAUGCUAAAGGCGUCGCCGCCGGUAUGGCUCCUAAAGCUCGUUUAGCAGUUUAUAAAGUUUGUUGGAACGGCGGUUGUUUUGAUUCCGAUAUUCUUGCCGCGUUUGACGCCGCCGUGGCUGACGGUGUAGACGUGGUUUCUCUCAGUGUCGGUGGUGUUGUUGUGCCGUAUCAUCUCGAUGUCAUUGCUAUCGGAGCUUUUGGUGCUUCUCAUGCCGGAGUUUUUGUUUCUGCCUCCGCCGGUAACGGUGGUCCGGGAGGACUUACUGUUACCAAUGUAGCUCCUUGGGUUGCAACUGUCGGUGCAGGGACAAUUGACAGAGAUUUUCCUGCUGAUGUGAAGCUUGGAAAUGGUAAGAUUAUACCUGGAGUUAGUAUCUAUGGUGGACCGGGUUUAACUCCGGGUCGGAUGUACCCGAUUGUGUAUGCCGGUAGCAACGGCGAACACAGCGGUGAAGGUGGUGAUGGUUAUUCAUCUUCACUUUGUUUGGAAAAUUCUUUGGAUUCUAAGUUUGUAAAGGGAAAAAUUGUUGUUUGUGAUAGAGGUAUUAAUUCAAGAGGUGAUAAAGGUGAAGUAGUGAAAAAAGCAGGUGGAAUUGGAAUGAUUUUGGCUAAUGGUGUGUUUGAUGGUGAAGGGUUAGUAGCCGAUUGCCAUGUGUUGCCCGCUACGGCGGUUGGUGCCAUAGGCGGCGAUGUAAUCAGGAGUUACAUCGCUGCACAUAAGUCAUUGUCGGUUGGGUCAUUACCGACUGCGACUAUUGUGUUUAAGGGAACUAGGCUUGGGGUUAGGCCUGCUCCUGUGGUGGCAUCAUUUUCUGCCCGAGGGCCUAACCCUGAAUCGCCUGAGAUUUUGAAACCAGAUGUUAUAGCACCUGGUUUAAACAUUCUAGCUGCUUGGCCCGAUCGAGUUGGACCUUCUGGCAUUCCUUCUGAUCAUAGAAGGACUGAAUUCAACAUAUUGUCCGGUACAUCGAUGGCUUGUCCUCAUGUUUCCGGUUUAGCCGCUUUGUUGAAAGCAGCUCACCCUGAUUGGAGUCCAGCUGCUAUCAAAUCAGCACUUAUGACCACCGCGUAUACUGUCGAUAACAAGGGCGAUCCAAUGUUGGAUGAGUCUAAUGGUAACGUUUCAUCGGUGUUUGAUUACGGAGCUGGACAUGUUCAUCCAGAGAAAGCAUUGGAUCCUGGUUUGGUUUAUGAUAUUUCAGUCUAUGAUUAUGUUGAUUUCUUGUGUAACUCAAAUUACACCACCAAGAAUAUUAAAGUGAUCACAAGGAAAAUUGCUGAUUGUAGUGGUGCUAAAAAAGCUGGACAUUCUGGAAACUUGAAUUAUCCAACAUUAUCUGCUGUUUUUCAACAAUAUGGUAAACAUAAAAUGUCUACACAUUUUAUUAGGACUGUGACCAAUGUUGGUGACCCAAAUUCAGUUUAUAAAGUAACAAUUAAACCACCUGAGGGAAUGGUGGUUACUGUGAAGCCAGAUAAGUUGUCUUUCAGAAGGGUUGGUCAGAAAUUGAAUUUUCUUGUUAGGGUACAAACUAGGGAAGUUAAGCUAUCACCUGGAAGUUCUUUAGUGAAGAGUGGUUCUAUAAUUUGGUCUGAUGGAAAACACAUUGUCACAAGUCCUUUGGUUGUGACAAUGCAGCAACCUCUUGAUUAGUGUUUUUUUGAGGUUUUUAUGUGUGUGUCUAGAAAUUUUGGCCUUUUAUCCCAUCUUGUGAUAAAAUAGCUCUAUAUGUAUAAUAGGAUUAGGGAAUGUGUUUUUUCAGGUAUUUCAUUUCUAAGAAGUGGUGGAAAGGUUGGUUGUAAGAAAUGAUAUGAAGGGGAAAAAUGUUUCAUAAAAAUAGAAAAAGUUUGGAAGCAGUAAUGAAGCACGAACGCCAUUCAAAUUGGGCGUUUCUUGGUGUCGAACAUUUUGGUGUCAAACACAUGUCGGUAUCCGAUACCGACACAUGAUUACAUUGAAUAUGCAUUUUAUUUAAUUAUUAUUAUUAUUGGUAUCAAUGUGUCGGGUCAUAGUUCAUAUAUGUAUAUCUUUGAUGUUGUAAAAUUAAGAAUGUAUGUAACAAAUCUUAUGUUUGGAACAGAACAUGUAUAUUGGAAAGAUCCCUUUCCUUUUUGAGUAAA